CACCCAAUACUUUGAUCCACUGAAUGUAGCCAUAUUGGAUUCUUGCAUUCUUAGUGAGGUUAUAUUGCUACAGAGUAAUACAACAUUAUACCAAAUCAGUAUUACAAAUAAAAUACAGCAAAAUGUCUGAAGACGAGGUGGAAAGCUUCGAAAUUACUGAUUACGAUUUGGAAAAUGAAUUCAACAUAGCUCGUCCCCGACGCAAACUCUCGAAGAAACAACAAAUGCUAGGAAUAUGGGCAGAUGACAGUGAUGAGGACGAAAUAUCCGCCAGACCAUCUUUCAAAACUUACAACAAAGGUUCUAAGAAUUAUUCAGCACCAGUUAAUUUUGUUGCUGGUGGUAUACAACAAGCAGGAAAAUCAAAAGAGAAAGAAGAAAAGGAUGAUGAAGAUGAUGAAGAGGAGAUCCAGGAAGUUCACAUAAAGGACAGCUCAAGUUCAGAUGAUGAGGGACCAAAAUCACGACCAUCUUUCUCAUUAAAUUCCGAUAGCAACAUUGCAGGUCUGCGCCAAAAGCGUAAUAAGAUGGAUUCGUUACUGAUGAAAGGUGAUAUGGCUAAGUGGCAGAAACAUACAAAGGGCUUUGGCCUUAAAAUAUUGCUACAGUGUGGCUAUGAGGUUGGCAAAGGCCUAGGCAAACAGCUACAAGGGAUAAGCGUACCAAUUGAAGCACAAAUAAGAAAAGGAAGAGGUGCGAUCGGUGCGUACGGUCCAGAAAAGACACAAAAGGUACCCGAGAAAAAAAAAGAUGAUGAUGGGGAGGAAACUAAAGAAACCAAGUCCAAUGCCAAAGUAUCCCAGUGGCGAAAAAGUAAUAAUAAGAAGAAAAUCAGAUACUACUAUAGGAGUGUAGAUGAAGUUUUGGAAGAUGGAAAAUUGAAGCCUAAUAAGAAAAGAAUACCUCCAGUAUCAUCUAAUGACAUGAGUAGAGUUAAAGUUAUCGAUAUGACAGGGCCAGACACAAAAAUUCUCAGUGGAUAUCAUGCAAUAGGUGGUCAACAGUGUCCUGAUGAGACCGUAAUUACGUCCGAUAAGAAAUCUAAAGUAAACUUUGCUCUACCCCAAUUACAUAAUAAUUUGAAUUCACUUGUGGAUAUGUGUGAGCAGGAUAUUAUUCAAAACGAUCGACGAAUGAGACAUUUGAAUGAUAGAGUAGUAGCUUUAGAAGCGGAAAAGAGGAAUUUAUCCAAGGUCGUGGAGCAACAUGGCCAAUUGAUUGGCACCUUGGAGAAUGUGCUUGCGAUUGUGGAUAGGUUGAUGAACGAGACGAACGAAUUAUCGUUGCAAGAUACUGCGGAGGCUUUCAAAAAUUUGCAAGAAAAUUAUUAUGAGGAAUAUAAAAUGUACGAGCUUAGUGAAUUAGCCAGCAGUUUUGUAGCGCCAAAAAUAAAAGAUUGUCUGGCCAAUUGGAAUCCAUUGAUGCAACCAAAACAACCAAUUAAGUUAUUUCAACAGUGGAAGGAUAUCUUGGAGAAUGGUGUUAGUAUGACACUCCAAACGCAGACUAUGCAGUCAUACGACCAAUUAGUAUGGAAUGCAUGGAUGCCGUCCAUUAGAGGAGCUAUACAGCAGUGGACAUGUAGACAACCUGAGCCUUUGAUUGAAUUAAUAGAACAUUGGAUGCCGUUAUUACCCAAUUGGAUCUUGGAAAAUAUAUUAGACUUAUUAAUCUUACCAAAAUUAACCUUAGAAGUGGAAGAAUGGAAUCCUCUUACCGAUACAGUACCAAUCCAUACAUGGAUUCAUCCUUGGUUACCAUUAUUAAGAAAUCGUUUAGAUACUUUGAUUUAUCCUAUAAUACGUAGAAAACUCGGAUCUGCAUUAGGGGGUUGGCAUCCAUCGGACAGAUCCGCUAGACUAAUGCUGCAGCCUUGGGCAGAAGUGUUUGCCAAGGGAGAUAUGGAAGCGUUCUUGGUCAAGAAUAUUAUUCCAAAAUUGCAAAUAGCAUUAUCUGAAUUUGUUAUAAAUCCACAUCAGCAACACUUAGAUCAAUGGAAUUGGGUGUAUGAGUGGAAAGAAUUGAUUCCCGUUCAUAUCAUGGCAGGAUUACUAGACAAAUUCUUCUUUCCAAAAUGGUUACAAGUUUUAGCACUUUGGCUUAACCAUUCGCCUAAUUAUGAUCAAGUUACAACUUGGUACAUGGGAUGGAAAGGAAUGUUAAGUGACAAGUUACUGGCAGAACCGGUAAUAAAAGAUCAUUUCAAGAAAGCAUUGGACAUGAUGAAUAGAGCUGUCAAUGGACCACAAAAUCAUCAGCCUGGCGCACUAGAACAAGUUUCAUAUUUAACGAGCUUAGAAAGAACACAGCCAACGAUGACACCGAUUGCGCAGCCGAGAAUGGAGAGACUCGCAGAGGCAGUACGAACAGCAUCGCAAAUUCCGCAAGGUUUCAAAGAUUUUGUACAAAAAAAGUGCGAAGAAAGAGGUAUAUUAUUUAUGCCGAUCCCGAACAGAUACAAGGAAGCCAAACAAGUAUACAAAGUGGGCAAUGUUCAGGCAUACAUCGACAGUAAUGUCCUAUUUGUAUGUCAUAAUGGUACAAAUGGUAAUUGGUUACCGACGCAUGUAAAUGCCUUGCUGGAUAUGUCUGAACUUUAAUAAUAUUUGAUGACACGAUUGACUAAAAAAUAUAUUUAAUAUUAUAUGUUGCAAAUUGUAAAAUAUUUCUCUUAAAUAUCAGAAAUGUUGAUUUAGGACUUUAUCAAUUUACAUAUGUAUUUAUUUGUGUAUGUAAGUUAAAAUAUAUUAAAACUGAAUAGCGUCAUUUUUGUAUCAAAAAUGGAAACUGUACAAUAAAUCAGUAUGAUAUUUUGUUA